AUGGCAACUGAGGAAGGAAACGUCGUUGGCACGGAAGCACAGGAGCAAGCUCAUGCGCAACAGGAGCAAGCUCACCCCAGGUCCAAGCGAGAGCGAGGCCGGAGCAGGGCACCCGCAGGUGAGUCCCUUGAACCUCGUGUUGUUAGCUUGGAAUCUAACAUGGAGGAAGUGAGAACUACUAUAGGGGGACUCGACGAUCAACUCAACAAUCUCAUCCAAGAGAAUGCUGAGAUAACGCAGGCUGCCAAGUUGAUGAUUGCAGACCUUAACGAUGAUUUAGGGGAAGACAUUCGUUCCCUCAGACGUGAUCUCGCCGAUCUCGGCAAAUAUGUGAGAGAUGAGGUGCGAGGUCUACACUCUCAAAUGGAUGAGAUUCGUCAUGAAUGGGAAUAUCAUCGCUGUGUGAGUAGCCCUAUUAGUGGUAGUACUUCAAACGCCACUUCUCAGGGACUGAAAGUGCCCAAGCCGGCCAUAUACAAUGGGGCACGUAGUGCCAUAAUUGUGGAGAACUUUCUCUUUGGCCUAGAACAGUACUUCGAGGCCAUAGGAGUCUAUAACGACUUGAUCAGAAUCAACAAUGCUUCAACUUUUCUCCGGGAUGCAGCCCAACUAUGGUGGCGCAGAAAGCAUGCUGAGCGAGAGAAGAGCAUCUGCACUCUCAACACAUGGGAGCUGUUCAAAUCAGAACUCCGCAAGCACUUUGUUCCCCACAAUGCUGAGACAGAGGCUCGAGAACUCGAUAGAUGCAAAGUGCAAACUCUAGAUGAGGCAAUUGCUGCUGCUGAGUGCAUAAUCGACUACUCCACCAAGUCCAAAAAGCCUAAUCCUGGUAAUAGUGGAGGAGACAAAAGAGGACAAAAGAAGAACUCUGAUCGUAAGGAUGGUGGUAGAUUCUUUGGUGGGAGUUCUAGACAGGAUAAACCACUCUCAAUCAAGCGUGAUGCCUCAAAGUCACCGAAGCCAUGCUUCAUGUGCGAUGGUCCACACUGGACUCGUGACUGCCCCAACCGCAAGGCUAUGAAUGCCUUAGUUGCUGAGAUGAAGGAUAGCCGGGACAAGGAGCAACAGAUCGACCUUGGUUCCCUCCAACACUUGAAUUCCUUGACUGGACUCUUUUUUCCAUCUAAGAAAGAAGAGAAAGGUCUACUUUAUGCUGAUCUUGCCAUUCAAGGCAAGUCCGCCUUUGCCAUGCUCGACACAGGAGCAUCCCACAACUUCAUGGAGGCUGAAGAAGCUAAGAGAUUGGGUAUCCAACUCAACAAAGGAGAAGGCACCAUCAAGGCAGUGAACUCCCCAGCCAAACAAGUCCUUGGGAUUGCCAAGGAUGUGAAGGUGAAGAUCGGGGACUGGCAAGGUACGUUAGACUUUACUAUUGUCCCUAUGGAUGAUUUCAAAGUUGUAUUGGGACUUGCUUUCUUUUGCAAAGCACAUGCCUUCCCUAUUCCCGAAGCCAAGUCUAUGGUGGUCAUUGACUCUAACAUGAUUCGGGUAAUCCCCUUGAAACGCUUGGAGAAAUCCAACCUUAUGAUUUCUACCUUGCAAUUCAAGAGGGGUCUCAAGAACUUAGAAGGGUAUAUUGCCACUGUACGUUCAUUGGCCGAGGAAGAGAAUGGCCCAACCAAGCCACGGGAAACCUUGCCAGCUUGCAUCCAAGAGGUGCUACGGGAGCACAAGCACGUCAUGCCUGACGAGUUGCUUAAGAAACUACCCCCUAGAAGAGAGGUAGACCAUCAGAUCGAGUUGGAGCCUGGUACCAAACCACCUGCCUUGGCACCUUACCGCAUGUCACCUCCAGAACUUGCUGAAUUGAGGAGACAACUCCAAGAUCUCCUUAAUUCUGGGUACAUCCAACCAUCCAAGGCCCUAUAUGGUGCUCCAGUCCUCUUCCAGAAGAAGAAGGAUGGUUCGCUGCGGAUGUGUAUUGACUACAGGGCCUUGAACAAGAUCACAAUCAAGAACAAGUACCCGAUACCUUUGAUUGCCGACUUGUUCGAUCAGCUUGGAAAGGCCAGGUACUUCUCUAAGCUUGAUCUUCGAUCUGGGUACUAUCAAGUAUGCAUCGCCGCAGGUGAUGAGCCGAAGACAACCUGCGUGACGAGAUAUGGAGCAUUUGAGUUCCUUGUCAUGCCCUUUGGACUGACGAACGCCCCGGCAACGUUCUGCACACUCAUGAACAAGUUGAUCCACCCUUACUUGGACCAGUUCGUGGUGGUAUACUUGGAUGACAUUGUGGUGUACAGCAAGACUUUUGAAGAGCAUACUCAACACUUGAAGAAAGUCUUCCAGGUACUCUCUGAUCACGAACUCUAUAUUAAGUUGGAAAAAUGCUCUUUUGCCAAACAAGAGGUGGACUUCUUGGGGCAUAAGAUCAAGGAUGGGAAGCUCAUGAUGGACCCAACUAAAGUGCAAGCUAUUCAAGAAUGGCAACCGCCCACCAAGGUCCCAGAGUUAAGAUCAUUCCUUGGUCUGGUGAACUACUACCGACGGUUUAUUAAGGGGUAUUCAACUAUCGCUGCUCCAUUAACAGAUUUGCUCAAGAAGAAUAAGUCUUGGCAAUGGUCACAAGAUUGCCAAGAUGCUUUUGAAAAGCUCAAGCAGAUGGUCGUACAAGAGCCUGUUAUGUCCUUGCCCGACUACUCCAAGCCGUUUGAGGUACACACUGAUGCCUCAGACUUUGCAAUAGGCGGCGUGUUAAUGCAAGAAAGACACCCUAUUGCGUACGAGAGCCGAAAGCUCAAUGACACGGAGAGGCACUACACGGUACAAGAGAAAGAGAUGUUUGCCAUCAUCCAUUGUCUACGAACCUGGCGUCAUUACUUACUUGGGAGUAAGUUCACUAUUAUGACAGACAAUGUUGCUACGAGCUACUUCCAAACACAAAAGAAGCUCAGCCCAAAGCAAGCUCGCUGGCAAGAUUUUCUUGCUGAGUUUGAUUAUUGGUUGGAGUACAAGCCAGGCAAAGUGAACGUGGUGGCAGAUGCCUUAAGCAAGAAAGCCGAGUUAGCCACUCUCUCAGCAAGCAUGCCCCAUAAUGACUUCCUUGAAUGA